UGCAUGGUGGUUUCAGAAACUGCCUACUUAAUUUGAAAAGAACAAUGGUAGGAAAAGCUAGAUCUUCCAAUUUUACCUUAUCUGAAAAGCUUGAUUUGUUAAAGCUUGUGAAGCCAUAUGUUAAAAUUCUGGAAGAACACACUAACAAACAUUCAGUAAUAGUGGAAAAGAAUAGAUGUUGGGAUAUCAUAGCAGUUAACUAUAAUGCAAGUGGAGUAGACCGCCCUCCUCGAACAGCGCAGGGCCUACGCACUCUUUACAAAAGGCUCAAAGAAUAUGCCAAACAGGAGCUAUUGCAGCAAAAAGAGACCCAAUCAGAUUUUAAAAGCAAUAUUUCUGAGCCAACCAAGAAAGUUAUGGAGAUGAUUCCCCAGAUUUCCAGUUUUUGCCUGAUAAGAGACAGGAACCACAUACAAAGUGCAAACUUGGAUGAGGAAGCACAGGCUGGUACAAGUUCACUACAGGUAAUGUUGGACCACCAUCCAGUUGCUAUUACAGUGGAGGUGAAGCAAGAAGAAGACAUUAAGCCCCCUCCUCCACUGGCUUUAAAUUCUCAACAGAGUGAUACUUUAGAGCAAAGAGAAGAACAUGAAUUAGUACAUGUUAUGGAAAGAUCUUUGUCACCGUCACUUUCCUCUGUUGAUAUGAGAAUGACAUCGUCUCCAUCUUCUAUCCCAAGGACAGAUGAUAUUUUUCGGCAUGAAAGUGGAGAAAAUUUUAGGUCACAGUUAGGGUAUGAUCCUCAGAUUCUGCAAAUGCUGAAAGAGGAGCAUCAGAUAAUUUUAGAAAAUCAAAAAAAUUUUGGAUUAUAUGUUCAGGAGAAGAGGGAUGGAUUGAAAAGAAGGCAGCAGCUAGAGGAAGAGCUGCUAAGAGCAAAAAUUGAAGUGGAGAAGCUGAAAGCAGUUCGCUUACGGCAUGAUCUAUCUGAAUAUAAUAGUCUCUAAGAUUUUUUUUUGCAGUCUUGCAAUUUGAUAAUUUUAAUUUUGGCCAAAUUACUUUCAUUUGGGAAUAUCCUGAAGCAGAGUAUAUAUUCUUUUUUUUUUUUUUUUUUGGCCACGCCGCAUGGCAUGUAUGAUCUUAGUUCCCUAACCCUAACCCUAACCCCUGCAGUGGAAGCACAGAGUCUUAACCA